AUGGAGAGCAAUGAACAAUCUUCGAUCUUUAAAUACAUUUUGAUUAUAUCAUUGUGCUUUGUUUUUGUGAUGUAUUGGAAAAGGAGAAUGUCAUCAACUGGUGAAUCAAUAUAGGUAUGGUUAUGAUUAGGCUACUUAAAGGAUAGAAUAUGGAGAAAAAUCGUGUUUGCUUAUUAGGAUAUGUUACACACUUUUGAUUAGGCUGAGAAAGAAUUACUCAAACAUACAUACCAUAAUACUAUCUUCAAUAGCAAGGGUGCUAAUGUCUCAAAUGAUACACGCAAAGAAAGUAAGAAAAAAAGCUCCAAUGUACAGUUCAAUUUGAACAAAAACGAAACUCUAUAUUAUUGAUUUAAAUAAUAUGUAAAGUAACGAAUAGAUGAUGCUCCCACUUCUUACAAGGGACCUGAAUCGAACUUUUCUUUUCACUAAAAAGGCCUCGCCAUACUGCUAGCGUUUAAAAGAAGUAGGUCGUAGACAUUCUAUGCUCUAUUCUACAGAUGAGCGAUUCACCUAAAACAUUAUGCUUUGUUAAGGUGCAACAUUGAAAAUGGAUUUAAAAUCUAGAACUGCAAAACCAAAGCAAAGAAAUUACAAAAAGAUAAAUAGAACAACUAAUUUUGAAAAAGCUAUCAAUGUAGAUAUUUCCCCUUGGGAGAAUUUUUCACCUUGA